GGCGCCGGUGCCUGAGACGAGGAGGACGGCUGGCGGCCUGCCUGGCUUGCGUCCCAGAGGCCCAGCACGGCCGCCCGGCCGGAGCUCUCCCUUCUGGGUGGAAGCGAGUCCCCCGGGUUUAGUAGGCGGACGUUGCCGAGCGCGUCCUCAUUUGAGGCCAGAGCGGUAGUUAGAACGACCCAGCCUAGGGCGUCUGGCUCAGCCGACCUCGAGGAUCGACGGAGGGGACCCUGCUCCCGGGCGCGCACCGAGGGGACCCCCGCCCAGGGCGCCUCGAGCGCGGGGCGGCCUGAAGAGCGGCCCGGCGGGAGGUGGAAGUGGGCGUUGGAGUAUUUAGUCCCUUGUUAUUGUUUGCCUGCUCCAGAAGAACGCCGAGCCAUCACUGCAGGGUCUCGUGUCGUUGCCGAGACUUAGCAAAGACUCAGGAAGAAAUCUUUACAAGUCGGUGAGAUGGUGUGGUGUGAUUCUUAAAAGCGAACGAAGUCGUGGGACAUUGAGGUCGGACUUUUCCUCACUGAAAGUAAAUCCAGUUCGGCAAAUAGGUUGCAUAGUAGACAUUUCCCAUUAACCGAAUAAGCUAAAUCUGCAAACUCAAAGCUGUUUAAAUGCAUAUGCAGUGCAGACGUCUUUUGCCGUGCAUAACCCUAAGUUUAGCUCUGUGUCAACUCAAAAGUGUGCAAGGGGUGCCCAGGGAAAAGCGUGGGGGAAGCCCAAGGAGAAGAGAGUGGUCAUUUUGAGGCUUCACUGGUACCGUCUUUGGGUGGUGGGUUAGCCCCAGCAGCCAACCAGUGUCAAGUCUUUUCCUUCUUACUCCUUCCUAGAAACCGUCCCUGGUUUAGUGUUUCCUAGCCUCAACAUUGAGACCAUGGUCUUUGCUCUUUGGAUUACCACAGGAUCUUCCUAACCCAUGACCUUCACAGAGGUCCUGCCAGCUCCCCUCCCAAGACCAUGGUUGAUCUUUCCAACACUAUCUCACCGGGUCACUCUCCUCUAAACACCCUUUGGACUCCCCAGUUGCCCACUUAAAGUGAUUGCAGCUAAAAGUCCCACCCUUCCUGCUCUCACCCUGCCUGCUCCAACCAUCCUGACCUUUUGUGGUUCUCUGUUCAUCAAGGCUGCUUGUCCCUGGCUGACAAGAUGGGCCGGUGGAAAAGGCUUCCCUUGACUUCUCAACAGCCAUGGGGCUUCCUUGGGAAGUCUUCCCCAACAAAGCUGGAUUUGGUCCUCUCCCUUGUUCCCACAUGAGACUCUAAACCAUUCCCUCUGGCUCUCAACACCAUAUCCCAUGUUCCUGUUCUAGUAGUAAAUCAUGAUUUACCAUCAAAAAACCACAAGGUAUAGGGUGUACUGACUACAGCUAAAACAUCUAGUAGGAGCUUGGUAUGAACUUGCUGAGUAGAUGAAGGAAUGAAUCAGUGAAGAGCAUUGCGGACCUGUAUCAGAAGCGACAGGAGCAAAAAUGGAAAGUGGAGGGAGACCUUCGGGGAGGUGGAAAUGGACAGUCCCUAGUGAUGGGCAAUUUGUGGGAGCUCAGGGAGAGAAGCUGAGAGUGGGGCACACAUGUGCAGCCUGGCUGCUUUGGGGUACCAGCACUGAGGGAACAAUCUUGAUGAAGGAUGUGGAUGGAGCAGGAGGGGAAGAGUGUGUGCUCAGUGUGGGCUGUGUUGGAUUUGGUGCCUGUCAGACACAUCUAAACCUCCCUGGGAAGAUCAGGGCUGCAACUGAGAGUUGAUAGAUGCAUUCAGAGAGAGACCUACAGAUGAGGGAUGAUUAAUCCCAGAAUCCAGGAGAAAGGCAACAUGUUCUUUCUCACUAAGGAAGAGGAGCCUGUUGAGGCAGUAGCACAUUGGCCAGAGGGCUUUUCCCAAAGCUGUUAGGUGUUGUUUUAAGAAACUGAGAGCAGUGGUGUCCAUGUAGCAGGGAGAUGUAGGCAACAGUCAUCAGAACUGACCACUUGUGGUACUGGUGGCAGAGCAAGGAGUCAAAUGUGAUGAGUAGGGGAAGCUGAAGGUGGCUAGGGACAGGCAGCAGGUGUGGGGAGAAACACCACACAAGGGACAACAGCAGGUGGUGUGGCUGGGCGGGUCCAUUGCUGGGCUUUUGGCUGGCGCCUCUGGACUUAAAGGGUGAGACCAUUGGUUGAAUAGGGAACACCAGAGAAGUCCCGGGUUGGACAUAGGGACAGAAGGUAGGAGCUCCUUUCUGCAUGUGUAGGUUUUGCUGUGCUGUGUGUGAGGCCUAAAGUGGAGUUGCUGGGGAACAGGUGAAUGGGUAGGUUUGAUUCAGGUGGAGUGACGGACAGCACAGCCAGGUGUGCAGAGGUGUCUGUCCAGAGUAUCUGGAGCAGAUAGGAGAGCCUGGACCAGAGCCCUGGAGACACACAGAGCUACAGUGGCACCAGAGGUGAGGGAGAGAAUGGCCAAGGACAGAGGCCCACCUCGGUUCCCAUCUGUGGCAGGCACCAACUUGACCGAGAUGUCAGCCUAGUGGUUUCAUCAACUGGGUGAGCUUUCUGAUGUGGAAGGGAUGGCCUGUGGAAGAGGGAAGCCACAGGACCUGGCCAGUGACUGGGAGAGGCCCCUGGGCAUUCAGGGUGCCCCUGUUCUGCAAGCCAAGGAGUAUACUUCGGUAGCCAUCUCUUGACCGUCUGGAUUGUUGAAAAUUCGAAUUCUCUAUAGAGAGCGAGCGAGCAAGAGUGACCUGGCUGUGGCCUGGUGAGGCCUGGCCAUCCACUAGACCAAGUGUCUUUGCUGGCCAGGACUUGCGUCACAUUCAGGAUUUCAGAGAAAAAAAGUCUUCACUGGGGCAGGGUCUUCAUUUUAUACCAGUCCCAGGAUGGAGCAUGGCAUAAAUUCAGAGUUGUCAUUUAAAUUUAAAUGUGAUUAAAACCUGGACAAAUUGGAAAAUAAUUCUCAAGAUAUGGAUGAUAAAGGGGACCCAGGCAAUGAAGAUGCGCCGAAGGCUAUCAAACCCACCAGCAAAGAAUUCAGGAAAACCUGGGGGUUUCGGAGAACCACCAUUGCAAAGCGUGAGGGCGCAGGAGAUGCCGAGGUGGAUCCUGCUGAGCAACAGCCACAGCAGCACAACCUCUCCCUGCGCCGCAGUGGGAGGCAGCCGAAGCGCACCGAGCGGGUAGAAGAGUUCCUUACCACAGUCCGUCGCCGAGGAAGAAGGAAUGUGCCUGUGUCCCUGGAGGAUUCCAGUGAGCCAGCCUCCUGUCCAGUCACAGAUGUGGAGACCACCUCAGAAGGGAGCGUCGAGAGCAGCUCUGAGGUGAAGGGUGGCCCUACACCUGGUUCCACAGGGGCAAAGAAGCGCCCUGCCUCUUCUGAAAAGGCAAAAGAAGGCGAUGAUGAGGAUGAUACCUCUGACAGCGACAGCGAUGGCCUCACUUUGAAAGAACUUCAGAAUCGCCUUCGGAGAAAGCGUGAACAGGAACCAGUGGAGAGGCCUCCGAGAGGCAUCCAGAACCGCCUGCGGAAGAAACGUCGGGAGGAGGACCCUACAGAAACCGUGGACAUGCAGGCUGGCAGUGCUGGCGAGGACACGCCUUCCUGCAAGCAGGAGCCUGACACUGGUCAGACUGCUGUGUCCCAGGCAGCGAAAGAUGAGAGAGAGAGUCAAUCUGAGGGGACAGCGGCUCAGAGGACUCUAGAUGAAGACCCAGGAGACCUGGGCAGGCCUAAGCCUGAGUGUGAGGGUUAUGACCCCAACGCACUGUACUGCAUCUGUCGCCAGCCUCACAACAACAGGUUUAUGAUCUGCUGUGACCGAUGUGAGGAGUGGUUCCAUGGCGACUGUGUGGGCAUUUCUGAGGCUCGAGGGCGACUCCUUGAAAGGAAUGGGGAGGAUUACAUCUGCCCGAACUGCACCAUUCUGCAAGUGCAGGAUGAAACAAAUUCUGACGCCGCAGAAGAGCCAGAAGCCAGAUGUGGACCUGGAAGUGUGGAUGGCAUGGACUGCACAAGUAUAGGGACAAUAGAGCAGAAGUCUAGUGAAGACCAGGGCAUAAAGGGUAGAAUUGAGAAGGCUGCAAAUCCCAGUGGCAAGAAAAAACUCAAGAUAUUCCAGCCUGUUGUAGAGGCUCCAGGUGCCUCAAGAUGCAUCGGCCCUGGGUGCUCCAAUGUGGCGCAGCCUGACUCAGUGUAUUGCAGUAAUGACUGCAUUCUCAAACAUGCGGCAGCUACUAUGAAAUUUCUAAGUUCAGGUAAAGAACAAAAACCAAAACCUAAGGAAAAGGUCAAGAUGAAGCCAGAAAAGCUCAGUCUUCCAAAAUGUAGUCUUCAGGCAGGGAUUAAAAUCUCUUCUAUGCACAAGAGACCAGCUCCAGAGAAGAAGGAGAAUCUGGCCAAGAAGAUGAUGGUGGCUCCUUCAAGGAGCGAAGCCCUGGGGAAGGAGACCCCCUGCGAGAGCAGCACUCCAUCCUGGGCAAGUGACCACAACUACAAUGCAGUGAAGCCAGAGAAGACGGUUGCUCUCUCGCCACCGCUGUUGUGUAAAUCUGUGAAGGAUGACAGGAGAGCAGAGGACAGAGCAGUGGCAGCAGCGGCGGCCCCAAGGAAAACAGCCCAUCCAGGCACCUCGGUGGGCAGGCAAGCUUCGCCUAGAAGUCUAGUCCCAAAGAAGCCACCUCCUUUCACUAAUGUGGCAGGAGCCAAACCAGCCUUUAAAAAGUCACCCUCGGGCUUCAAGGGCACCAUUCCCAAGAGGCCGUGGCUCUCAGUCGCCCAGUCGGGUGCUUCAGCUGCCAGGCCUGCAGGACCAACACCUAUUACUGUGGCAGCUGCUUCCAAGAAGUCACCCGGCUCUGCUACUAUGGUGGGAGCCAUCCGGAAGCCAGUGGCAACUUCUGUCCCUACAGCCUCACCAGCCCCAGGACGCAUUGGAGUUGCAAACCCUGCCCCAUCCCAGCCAAAUUCACAAAUUCGGCAAAAUAUAAGACGUUCUUUGAAAGAGAUUUUGUGGAAAAGAGUCAAUGACAGUGAUGACUUAAUCAUGACAGAGAAUGAAGUAGGAAAAAUUGCCCUCCACAUUGAGAAGGAGAUGUUUAACUUGUUCCAAGUUACAGAUAAUCGCUAUAAGAGCAAAUACCGCAGCAUCAUGUUCAACCUCAAGGAUCCUAAGAAUCAGGGACUCUUCCAUCGUGUUCUACGUGAAGAAAUCUCUCUGUCAAAACUUGUGCGAAUGAAGCCAGAGGAACUUGUAUCUAAAGAGCUUUCCAUGUGGAAAGAGAGGCCGGCGAAGUCUGUCAUGGAUUCCAGAACUAAAUUGCAUAAUGAAAGCAAGAAGACCACUGUCAAGCCAGAAGCCAUUCCUGACAUGGAGGAUUCUCCACCUGUGUCAGAUUCGGAUGAACAGCAAGAGUCAGUACGGGCAGCCCCUGAGAAGAGUGUAGCACCCCUUCUCGAUGUCUUCAGCAGCAUGCUAAAGGACACCACGAGUCAACACAGGGCCCAUCUUUUUGAUCUAAACUGUAAAAUUUGUACUGGUCAGCUUCCAUCCUCGGAAGACGAACCAGCCCCUAAAAAACAGAAGCUGUCGGCUUCUGCCAAGAAAGAAGACUUAAAACCCAAGUAUGACAGUUCUCCCCGCGACCCGCUUCCCAACUCAGCUGAUGAAGGGACUACAGAGACUCUGCCCGAAAACAACUUGGAGCCAGAGCCAGAAAGUGCUCCUCGUGCAAACCUGGAGAGAAGGCACCUCCCUGGGCCUCCAGGAGAGGGCCGCCCUGAGCCCUCCCUGUUGGAAGACCUGUCCCCCUGUCCAGCCCCCUGUGGGGGUGGGGUGGUCACCACAGUCACAGUGUCUGGUCGGGACCCGAGGACUGCUCUGAGUGUUUCAUGCAUGGCCACAGCGUCCACCACAGUCCACCUGGACAGCACGCACACAGUGGAAGCCAGACCAGACAUGCUGAAGCCUGCUUUAAGCUCUGUGACGGUGCCCAAGUCCAUAUUGGCUAAGCCAUCCUCUUCUCCAGACCCAAGGUACUUGUCAGUUCCACCAUCACCAAACACCAGCGUCUCAGAAUCACGGUCUCCUCCAGAAGGAGACACAACUCUCUUUUUGUCUCGGCUCAGCACCAUUUGGAAAGGAUUUAUUAACAUGCAGAGUGUGGCAAAAUUUGUCACCAAGGCGUAUCCUGUCUCUGGAUGUUUCGAUUAUCUCAGCGAGGACUUGCCUGAUACAAUUCACAUUGGUGGGAGAAUCGCUCCAAAGACGGUCUGGGAUUAUGUCGGCAAGCUCAAGUCUUCCGUGUCUAAGGAGCUUUGUCUGAUCCGCUUUCACCCUGCAACAGAGGAGGAAGAGGUUGCCUACAUUUCUCUCUACUCCUAUUUUAGCAGCCGUGGCCGCUUUGGUGUUGUAGCAAAUAACAACAGGCAUGUCAAGGACCUCUACUUGAUCCCACUGAGUGCUAAGGACCCAGUGCCACCCAAACUCUUGCCUUUUGAGGGACCAGGUCUUGAGUCCCCACGUCCAAAUAUGAUCCUUGGGUUAGUAAUCUGUCAAAAAAUAAAACGUCCUUCAAAUGCUGGAGAGCUAGACAAGAUGGAUGAGAAGCGAGCCCGACUUCAGCAAGAAGAAAUGGAUGUUUCCAUCCACCCCAGGGUAACUGCAGCCCCACAACCCGAGAAGAAAGCCCCCAAGUACCAGCUCUACUCUGCAGACACGGCUAUCAGCACCACACCCCCUGGGUCCCCUCCACCCCCACCCCCUCUUCCUGAACCCCCAGUGUUGAAAAUAUUGUCAUCCCUCAAGCCAGGAGCCACCAGCAGCACCUCAGCACCUGCAGUGGCGGCGGCAGCUCCCAGGGCAGCCUCCCCUGUCACUUCAUCCACUGCAAAAACAGCUUCGCCCCUGGAGCACAUCCUGCAGACUCUCUUUGGAAAGAAGAAAUCAUUUGAGCCCCCAGUGAAAGAGUCUGCUGGGCCGUCUCAGGCUGUCCAGCAGGAUCCCAGAGCCAAAGGCGAGGACGGAGUGUCAGCAGCUCCUUUGUUAGAUCCAAUUGUUCAGCAGUAUGGUCAGUUCUCAAAAGAUAAGGCCUUGGAGGAGGAAGAAGAUGACAGGCCCUAUGACCCGGAGGAAGAGUACGACCCAGAGCGAGCCUUUGACGUCCCCCUGGCCGAGCGAGGGGGUCACCAUGACGGGGAAAAAGCUCCUGACACAGCAGAGAGGGAAGAGGUGGCCUAUGACCCCGAAGAUGAAACAAUUUUGGAAGAAGCCAAAGUGACCAUUGACGACCUUCCCAACAGAAUGUGCAUGGAUGUGAGAGGCAGCUCUGCAGAGAGGCCUGUGGAGUUCUCCACCGCCGGCCCCGCUCCCUCCUUGGUUGAACAACAGCGGAUGUUGGAAGAACUGAACAAACAAAUUGAGGAGCAGAAGAGGCAGCUGGAGGAACAGGAAGAGGCGCUGAGGCAGCAGAGGGCGGCCGUCGGGGUCUCCAUGGCCCACUUCUCUGUUUCAGAUGCACUGAUGUCGCCACCUCCCAAGUCUUCCCUGGGCAAGGCCGAGCUGUUCCCACAGGAGCAGCAGGUCCCAGACCAGAGUCAGGGAGCCUCUGGGGCAAGCCAGAGCUCAGAGGCCAGGCAGAGCCGAGAUCCGCGGCAGGCCAGGCGGCUGGCUGCUGAGAACUGUGAGAGUGAAGCCCUCCCCAGGGCCCCAGCGGGAGGCCUGCGAGUCCCACCGGGCACCCUGCCCCCCAGGGAAGCGCCUCCAGCUGGCCAGGUGCCUGUGCCCACCCAGGAAGCAAAGGAGCCAUCAGCUGCUUCAUGGGCGGUGGGGGAAAAAAACACUGCUCUGUUAUCUGAGCAGGAUGGCCAGAGGUGUGAGCACCCUGGAAACUCUGUCCAGCAGGCCCUAGAGAGUGUCCAUCCCCAGGCAGCUGGAGACAGCGUGGCCAGACCUGCCCGGAGAGUGCUGCUGCCCACACCCCCGAGCACAGCCUUUCAGCCUGGCUUCCCUCCACAGAAGGAGCUGCAGAGUUUUAACCCCUCAGGAGGGAGAGAGCCUUUCUCAGGGCCUCUCGGCUCCUCCCCUUUUGAGGACCCAAGAAACGCCCAACCUGCUGGGAAGAGCGACACCCCAGCAGGUGACCCGGAGGCAGGCAGAGAGCCACAGCCCAGUGCCCUAUUCCCCCCACCUGGGCAGAAAGCAGGGGCCCCUCCGCCCCAGUUUCCUGGACAGCGCGAACCUGCACCUCGCACUUUUGGGAUGUCAGGACUUCAUGGCCCAAGCUUCCCAGGACCAAGGGGGCCAGUCCCUCCAUUUUCAGAGGAGAAUGUAGUUCCUAACAGUGAUGGUCCAAGGGGACCUCCACCCACCAGAUUUGUAGUCCAGAAGGGGCCCAUCCCUUCCUUAUUCUCAGGGCAGCAUGGGCCACCUCCUUACGGGGACACCAGGGGCCCCUCACCCUCCUACCUUGGUGGGCCCAGAGGAGGAGCCCCAGUACAAUUUGAAGAGCGCAAAGACCUCCCUGGGGAGAAAAGAGAGUUCCAGGAGGCCCCGUACAGUGACACAGCUGGCGCCCCUGCCCAGUGUGAAGGACCCGAGCAGGCCCAGUUCUUGGGGGGCAGGGGUGCCCCGCCUUUCCAGUUUGGAGGUCAGAGGCGGCCUCUACUGACUCAGCUGAAAGGACCCCGAGGAGGCCCCCCACCUGCUCAGUUUGGAGGUCAGAGGGGACCACCCCCUGGCCACUUUGUGGGCCCAAGAGGGCCCCAUCCCAGCCAGUUUGAAACUGCCCGGGGCCCCCACCCCAGUCAGUUUGAAGGCCCCAGAGGCCAGGCACCGAGUUUCAUGCCAGGCCCCAGAGGCAUUCAGCCUCAGCAGUUUGAAGAGCAGAGGGUGCACUCCCCACCCAGGUUUGCAAAUCAGAGGGCACCAGCACCUCUGCCAUUUGGGGGACCAAGGGGCUCUGCUCCCUUUACUGAAAAAAAUGAACAGACACCUACCCGGUUUCACUUCCAAGGCCCGUCCCCGCAAGCAAUGAAGCCACCCCCCAGACCCCUGCUGGAGCUCCCGAGCCACCCCCCGCAGCUCAGGAAGGACAGGUGGGACGAGGCAGGUCCCACCACAGCUGUGCCCUCCAGUACAGCAUCAGGACCGGGCCCUGAGGCCGAGGGCCAGUGGGUGUCUGAGUUCCGCGAGGGCAAAGGCCAUGAGUAUAGGAACCAGACUUUUGAAGCGAGGCAGAGAGAGCGGUUUGAAUCUGGGCCCAAAGAAAAAACACCAGAUGAGCCAGAAGCCCAAGUGCAAGAGAGUCGGCCGGGCCGCGCCUUUGAGGACCGGAGGCGGGAGCGGGAGCGAGGCAGAAACUGGAGUCGGGAGAGAGACUGGGAGAGGAGCCGCGAGUGGGAGAGACACCGGGAGAAAGACUGCAGCCGGGAGUGGGACAAGAGCCGCGAGAGGGGCACCAACAGGGACAAGGAGAGAGAGGCCGAGCGGGCCAGGGAGUGGGACCGGAGCCGGGAGCGGAGCCGAAACCGGGACCGGGACCGCAGGCGGGACCGAGACAGGUCCCGGAGCAGGGACCGCGACCGAGACAGGGCCCGUGACAAAGACCGGGAGCUGCGUGAGCGAGGCCGGGACCGCAAAGAUCGCAGCAAGAGCACAGAGAGCUCCCGGGACGCAAAGCCCGAGGCCACCAGGGCCCCCGACACAGAUGGCACUUCUGCUCAGGCCUAGGGCCCUGCCCCCAGGCUGCGCAGCACAGGCACAUGUGGGCCUGGCAGAAAUCCUUUUUAAAAGCCAAGUUUAUAAAAUGUAUCGAGCAAACAGUUUUUGAAAUAGCUAUGAACUUGAUGCAGGAUAGAAUAUUCUGGACUUCAAAAAUUACUGUAAUUUUGUGUAUAAUGGUUUCUUAACAAGAUUUCACAUCUUUACAAUUCUGAUGCUUUUUUAAAAAACCUAAGAACUCUUAAUAUUUCCAUUUAACUUAAAUAAAUGGGAAGGUGUCUACAAAAGCAUAUUGCUUUUUCAGAUUAUAAAGUUAUCUUUUCCAAUAACUCGACUUGUAAAUUUUAAGGGAAUUUCAGUGGACCUUAGAGCCAUACCUUAGCUGGCGUCUCGUCGGUCUCCCUUUCCCAGGCUGUGCACAGGGCCCUCCGCUGCUGUCUGGCAGCUGAGGGUGGGUUGUGGAGGACAGUCUUAGCAGCUCCCCUGGGGAGUCGAGAAGCCCAGAACUUGCAAAUACAUCUUUCUUUAGUCAUAAAGGGAUUGAGUUUCAAGUUUAAACCCAGAAGCCAAACAUGUUUCUUAGUUUUUCUCAGUUUUUAUAUAUCACCUUUUAAGUUUUUUUUUCAAAAAACGUAAUUAAAAGCAGCAUCUAUCCUAGCAGAAAUUGUUGCAUUUUAAAUAACAAUUUAAUGAAAAAUGUUUACGUUUUACCAGCCUAAAGAAAGAAAAAAUAAACCAAUUAAGUAUACGUAAGGGGGUGGGGGUCCCCUUGGAUAUGCACAAUCAGGAAUGCGGUAUCGAAUUCUGCCUCUGAGCAGCACUCUCAUAUCCCAAGAUCCCAGGAACGUGCGCUGGGGCCCAGCUGCCAUGAGUCGGGUGUCAGUUUGGAAGUUUGUUACUGGAAUGGAGGGUCUUUGCAUGAAGGGAGCAGAAGAAUGGCUCUUCGUCAAGCAAGACAGGGUUUCCGCCCCGGAACGCAGUGUGGUGCUGCUCGUCAGGCGCUUCUGGGCAGCGCUCAGUGGGCAGUGGAGGAGCCUGUUCGACUGUACAGAUACACUUUGAUAAUUCUUUUUAUAUUUUCAUAAGCUUACUUUUGCAGAUAUAAAAUUAGAGACUUCCAUUUGUUCUUUGGAGUCUUUUAUUCCAUUGUACAUCACUACAGAUUUUUCACUUUAUAGCACAAAUUUUUAAGUUGAGAAAACAUCAAGAACUUAGCAGUCUGAGACGUUUAUGAACCAAGUGUCAGUAGGUUAAAUUACAUUGAAGUAGAUGUCAAGUUCCAACAUCUAAUAGGAUGUGAAGGGGUUUUUUUUACAUAUAAAGCAAAUUUUUCUAAUUUAAAUACACAAAUGUAAAAAUCAAGUGUGUUUCUUUAGGUUUACUUGAUAGACAUUUCUGUAAAUUGUAUUUUGUAUUGCAGAGUGUUAUAUCACUGUAUAUUAAAACACAGGACUUCAUAGGUUUUGUUACUUGAAGUAGAAUAAACAUCUACGGAAA